ACCAAGGACGCGACUUGUUUGGAGAUUGGAGUUUUGGAGUAAGCUGCAGAGACCAGAACACACAGAGAAAGAAAAGAGUUUAAAUAAGAAGCGGGACCAAGAGAAAGGAGCUGUGGAGCAUGGAAGACAGCAGCACAGACACAGAAGAAGAAAAUGAAGAUGAUGAUGAGAAAGCGAAAGCAGAAACAGGAGAGGGGGAAUCUAGGAAGGACCAGAAGGACCGCCCAUCUGCCAUCGUGCCCACAAUUAACAUUCGAGAGGAGCGGCUGGUCGAUUUAGCCGAAACGCCAGCUUUCCGCUGUCUGCACGAGCUGCAUUCUAUGGGAAAACUUCCUGGGACCAGAAUGGCAGAGUUGAAAGCCAAGUACACCAUGCUCCACGACAUGGUGGUGAGCACCCAGCAGUCAGAGCUGCAGCUGCUGGAGAACGCCAAGCUCUUCACAGAGCAGAUCCAGCAGCAGCUGGUCCGCCUGCAGCAAGCCGACGACUUCCCCAACGCCUUCUCCACCGAGGUCUGCAAGCUGCGGGAGCAGCUGCUCAAGUACCAGAACGAAUAUAGUGCAGCGCAAGAGAGGGAAUAUCACAACCAGUACAGACUGAACAGCCUAACUGAAGAAAAGAGUCUCGUGCUAAAGGAAUUUGAGAAGAUACCUAAGCCAGGAGAAAUGGAGAAGAAGAUGAGACUCCUGAGGGAAAGCACCGAAGAACUGCGCAAGGAAGUAAUUCAGAAGAGACUAGAAAUCAAAAUCCUCCGGGAAGACCUGGCGUCCAAGCAGAAGCAGCUAACAAAGGAGCAGAAGGAGCUGGAGGAGGUGCUGGAGUGUCAGGUUGGCCUGAAGGACGAUGUGGUCCACCAUCAAACUAUUCCUGUCCAAAUUACAAAGGAGAUAGAAAAAAUGACACGCAAGAAAACAGAAAUGGAAAAGAAAAAUAUCGUCUUGGAAUAUGAAGUGAAAGAGCUGAACGGGUCUUUAAAGAAGCUGGAGAACAAAGUCAAUGCUCUGGCAGAAGAGAAGGAUGACGUCAUGAAGGAAGUGGAGGGCAAGCGGGCCCUCCUGGAAGUGAAGGAACGGGAGUAUAACCAGCUACUUAAGAUGGUGGAGUUAACCAAAGAGAGUGAAGCAUCCUCGCUAGCUGAAAGAGGGAUCUUGGAACUCAAUCUUCGAAACUGUCUCAUCGACAAACAGAACUACCAUGACGAGCUUUCUCGUAAGCAAAGGGAGAAAGAACGAGAUUUUCGAAACCUGAAGAAGACAGAGCUACUCCUGAAAGUGUCCUUGGAUGCGCUAAAUCAGACACAAGCCCUGAAUCAAAGGCUUCUACUUGAGAUUGAAGCUAUCCCUAAGGAUGACCUUCUGUUGCCUGAGAGAAGGAGAGACCUCCAAAAGGAAGUUGAAUUAGCUAAGAGGAAUCUGGCUCAGCAGAGAAGCCUAUCAGAAGCGGAGGCGAGGCUGGUGGAGCAGCAAAUCGCAGAGGAAAACAAGCUUUUAAAGGAACAAGAGCACAUGCGAGACCUGGUGUUCAACCUGGGGCGAAUGACUCAGCUCAAAAUUGAUGAGCGGGAACAAAAGUCUAAGGAUUUCCUGAAAGCCCAGCAAAAACACGCCGAUGUCAUUAAGGAAAUCCAAGCAAAGGACCUGGAGAUCAGACUGCACAAGAAGAGAAAACAUGAAAUUCAUCGGAGACUCAGAGAGUUCGCUGCGCUUUAUGACACCAUCAGAAACGAAAGGAAUAAGUUUGUCAACCUCCUUCACAAAGCUCAUCAGAAAGUAAACGAGAUAAGAGAAAGGCACAAAAUGUCAUUAAAUGAGCUGGAAAUUUUAAGAAACAGCGCCGUCUCUCAAGAAAGGAAGCUGCAGAACGCCAUGCUGAAGCACGCCAACAACGUGACCAUCAGGGAGAGCAUGCAGAACGACGUGUGCAAAAUCACCUCUAAGCUUCAGGAGAUGAAGGAGAAGAAGGAGGUGCAGCUGACCAGUAUGGACCGCCUGGCCAGCAUGAUCACCAUGAUCGAGGAGGAGAUGGUGCAGCUGCGCAAAAAGUAUGAGAAGGCCGUUCAGCGUCGAAACGAAAGUGGUGUUCAGCUGAUAGAGCGCGAGGAAGAAGUGUGCAUUUUUUAUGAGAAAAUCAACAUCCAAGAGAAGAUGAAACUCCACGGGGAUGUGGAGAUCCACGUCCUGGAUGAGAAAAUCCGAUUCCUGAAGCUGAAGAUCGCCGAAAAGCAAAGACAGAUUUGCGUGACGCAGAAGCUGCUGCCCACCAAGAGGGCCCUUGAUGCCGACCUGGCGGUGCUGCAGAUCCAGUUCUCCCAGUGUACAGACAGAAUCAAAACCCUGGAGAAACGCUUCAUCAACCCCAACAGCAAUGGCAGAGUCCGCUUCAUUCCCGGGAAAGAUCUGACCGAAGAAGAAAUGAUCAAGAAGUUAGACAUGCUGGAGCUUCAGCUGGCCAAGAAGGAGGAGAAGUUACUGGAGAAGGAUUUCAUCUAUGAGCACGUGUCCCAGCUCACCAACAGGCUCAGAGGCAAAACCCAGACUUGCAGGGAGGACACGCUGCUCUUGGCCAAGAAGAUGAACGGCUACCAAAAACGGAUCAAAGACACUACUGAGAAAAUGAUGGCUCUGGUUGCCGAGUUGUCCAUGAAGCAAGCCCUGACCAUUGAACUCCAGAAGGAGGUGAGGGAGAAAGAAGAUUUCAUCUUUUCCUGUAGUUCCCGGAUAGAAAAGGGCCUGCCACUCAACAGAGAAAUCGAAAAGGACUGGCUGAAGGUACUCCGAGAUGAAGAAAUGUAUGCCUUUGCCACCGCUGAGAAGUCCCGGGAAUACAUGGAAACAGAUUACCGGCAGCUGCCCAACGGUGUUUACACAACGGCAGAGCAGCGCCCAAAUGCCUACAUGCCUGAAACAGAAUCCGCGCUUCCUCUGCCCAAACCGUAUGGGGCGCUGGCUCCAUUUAAGCCCUCGGAAACUGGAGCCAACAGGAGACACAUAAGGAAGCCUGUCGUGAAGCCCAUUGAAAUCUAAGCGCGUGGACCGGUCCAGGCUUCACACCUGCAGGGGGGAAUGACCACCAGGGUGCUAAUUCCGCCAUCAGUUGGGCAAAGUCAACAAGGGAGCGGGACUCGGUUUCCUCUCACCACACUGUGUGACGUCAAAUGGAGCACAGACUACAAUUAGUCAAGAGUGUAUUUUCAUUGCUCAUGUCUUUCUCUUUUACUGUUUAUGUCGACUAUACUUCAGGAAUAUAUAGUAGAAAAAUGCUGUAAAAGUACAAAAUAUAAUUAGCUUCUCAGAGAUGCACAGAAAUAAGAGUGGUCUUUUCUAUUAAAGGAAAAAAUAGGUUAUGUGUUUAUGUGUGCCCAUUUGACUGUCUGACGGGGGAAGGAGCCCGAGAGACACCCGACAAGGAACACCGACGGUCCCCUCUGCAGCCGCACCUGAAGCUGUACGGAGCAAUGGGAAGCUUGCUGCUCAAGCAACGCUACGACAGUUCAAUUGUACAGGGAUUUUUUUUCUUUUUGUGGCAAAAAUAUUUAAGCCCUAAUUCAUUUCUUAAAAGCACAUUUUCACAAACAAGUUCAUGAGCAUUUUCAAUUCUAAUACCUGAUUUUCAAGAUCUCUGCCAAAAUUCUGCCCCUACAUAACUCCUGUAGGAACAGUUUUACUAAUUUGCUUCAAUUUUCAUUUCACCCAUGUAUUUUCUGAUUGCAGUGCUUUUAUUAGACUUGAUGAUUCGCUAGUAUGUGAAACCCGCAUUUGAACAUUUACUAAUAUGUUUGAGCUAUUCUUUUGUGCUGGUUGCCCUUGUGAAUUUCACUCAUGUUCAGUUCUGGAGACAGAGAAAUACCAUACUUUUAUUUUGUUAACAUCCUGUUCCAAGCCCCUAGGUCCUGCCACACUGGACAGUAAAUAUAAAAUACCCCAAUCUUGUGAGUCCUGAAGCUGGCCUCAUUGCUAUGCAAGAUCGUGGUAAAGCAAACAGCUGUGAGAGCCUUUAGCUGUUUGAGUCAUUUAGCUAAUAAAAGAAAUACUGCACAUCUAAACGGUUCCUGUGUCAUGGGAGCUGGUAACCUCUUUAAGGAUUCAAAGCAUGCAAAGAGGGAGUUUAAAUGCCACAAUAAGGGAAAGGGAUGGAUUCUCAAACACUGCGGUGUGUGCUGCUGGUUGAGGAAAGGCAGAUGUUACCAGGUGCUGACAUGUCUUGGCUUACAGUCAGGUGUGUGUGGGUGUGUGCUUGUUUGUCUAGCCCUAGAGCAUGAAGUGAGGUUUUUUUUGUGAGGUAGAGAGAGGAAGUCUAAGUGGAGGAAGAAACUUGAUCCAACUUUAGAAAUAAGAAGGUCAAACUCAUGCUCUAAGACCCAGUGAAUCGGCUUGGCUGAAAAAGGAUGUUCAUAUUU